AUGCAGGUAGCGUCUACUUAUUCUCCCGUCUGCCCGGGCUCAACCAUUCCUUCGGUAUUCGAGACCGUGCAAGGCAACAAAGUCCCUGUCUUCUUUUCGCGCUACCCCGCCGGAAUCAGCAUUGCCGCUCGAGAAGUCGAAGAUGCUGUCAGAAAGAUUGAUGAGGAAGCUUCCGAGGAAGGCACAAGAGAAAGGCAUCAAGCAAUAGUUCGACACGCCAACCCUUAUGGUAGCUUCUUCACCAUUGGCCACUGCUCAGCCUUUCCCGAAAGACUAGUUCUGUUUUCCACUCUGGCCGAGGUGCUAUGGCUCCAUGAUGAUGUGACAGAGGAGAUGGAUCAUGCCUCUGCAUGCCGAGAGCACGAUGAGAUGUUAAAGGUCCUUCAACUUAACAUUGAUCAAUCGAUCUUUGAGUCGGGAAGCAUGCGACAAAAGGCGCUGGCAGUUGUGCUUCAAAAGGCAAUUGACAUUGAUCCCAAGGAAGCUCCUACUAUGAUCAAGGAGCUGAGAAAAUAUCUGGCAACAUUCGACUGCAUCGGCGGUGACUUCACACAGAUGGAGGAUUAUAUGCCCUACCGGAUUGCCAACAGUGGCUACUGGAUGUCUUCUUACUUCAUCCGAUGGGGAAUGAAUAUGACCCUCACUGAGGAGGAAUACGCCAGUGUCGAGCAAUUCGACAUUGCAAUGGGAAAUGUCGUCGGUCUGACCAAUGAUUACUUCAGUUGGAAUGUCGAGAAAGACUCACAGACAGAUCGACUGAGGAAUGGAGUGAUGGUUUUGAUGAAAGAGCAUCAAACCACGGCCGAUGCGGCAAAAGCGAUGCUUCUUGGUGUUAUCGUGGAACAAGAGUCUUUGGCUGCAAAGCUCAAGGAGGAAAGAUUGAAGAAACCCGCUUCAAAGAAGAUCUUGCAAUACUUCGAGGCUAUUGAGCUGUACGUCGGUGGAAGCUGCUAUUGGCACUCGACUGCGCCUCGGUAUCAGAUCUUUGAAUGA